AUGAAUGUCAAUUCAGUAGUCAUAGCUCACGAUAGUCUUUUUUCGGAAAAUGAACAGAUUUCAACUGAGACUGGAACAGCUGAAAUUGCUAAGGCUUUAGCAAUGGCUCUAGUCUUAAAUAAUAAAAUUACAACUCUUGAGAAUGAAUUUUCUAAACUCUCAAACUUAAUUCUCAGUAAUUCACAACUAAAUACUGAUAAAUUGUCUAUUAGGGACACUGCCCCGCCCAGUUUUCCAUCAGUCAGGGAACCUAUUAAAAUACAUGAAAAUGUUGAAGCUAAUGAUUGGCAGAUGAAAUUAAGUCAUAAAUCAAAGCUUGCACUUCGAAAUGGCGAGGGGCGUGCUGAAAAUGAUGAAAUAAAAGCAGCCAAAGUGGAUUUUACAAAAAAGGCAACUUUAUACAUAUCCAAUGUGGUUAGUUCUUGUGAUGAGAACUUAAUGUUGAGCUAUCUCAAAAAGAGAAACAUAAAAAUUCUGGGUUUGUACUUGUUAAAACUUAAAACUCAAAGGGCUUUUAACUCUUUCAAACUCAUUGUUGAAAGUGAUGAUUUUGAAAUUGUCAACGACACCUCUUUUUGGCCAAAGGGCAUUAUUCAUAGACACUGGGUCAAUUUUAAGGAUAUGGCUCAAGAGCAGGUUAACAGUGUUCGUGAGCCUUCACAAAAUAAAACUUCUCUUCCUACAAUUGUUGAUGCUAAUAGAAUGCAACCAAAGGUAAUACCUAAUGAUUCUCUAGAAAUUAAAGAACAAAAUGUUCUGUCCUCUGAUUGGGCUCAGGAAGUGGAAAAUUCAAAACUAAAAGAUGGCGAUGCCACAAACCAAUAA